GAAAUACCCAAUAUCUUGCGAGUUUAUAACUGAUAACACAUAUUACUGAUUCAAUGUACAAUACUACACAGUCUAAGUUGCGAUAGUAAUUGACUAUCUUCUGAGUGAAAGGAUAUAAACGCAAGACAUAAAAAGAAUUAUAGAAGACGUUGAUGUAUUUGCGUGUUGUUGACGCUUAAAUAACCGAGACGUGUUAUGUGAUGGCAUGGGCGCACAACAACAACUGACCUGAAAUGAGAAAGUAAUUAAGGUUCGGUCGGCUGUCAUGGCUGAAGCAAAAGUUCCUAAAGAAGUGUCUUUUGACCCUUACAAGUUGUUAUUAUAUCACAAGGCGAUUCGUACAGGAAAAGAAAGAGAAAAUAUCCUUCGCAUUAAUAUCGUAGGUAAUUACGCUCAAGGUAAGACGUCUUUAGCUAGAAGAUUAUUUGGACAGACAUGCGAAGGGGUCACAACUACAAACGGUAUAGAAAUAAACAGACGUACAUGUCGCUUAGCUGACAGUGGUAUCCCGACGUUCACAUCCGCUGAAUAUGAAAGUCACGAGCAUCGUCUUGCAAAAGUUGCAUCUUCCAUAGACAAAUCAAAACUAUCAGAAAGAUACAAAACUGAAGUUUUCUCACUACCCGACAUAAAGACAGAAGAAAUAGAACAACCUACUGGGCUAUCUGCUGAAGAGUAUGCUGCAUUCUCUAGAAAUGUAGAAAAACAUAACGACACGUCUCCAAAGUACUUUGAUAUCUGGGACUUCGGUGGUCAGUACAUAUUUUAUGCUACUCACACGUUGUUUCAUAGCAGUCGAGCAUUAUAUCUGUUGGUAUUUGACUUAACAAAGCCUUUGGAUACAGUUGUUAGAGACGAAGAAUAUCCGGGAGAGACCGGGGAUAGAAAUAUGGAAUACUUUGCGAGAUUCUGGAUGGAAAGUAUUCAUGCUUACGUCGGCCCAGAAGCACAGGUUAUACUUGUUGGUACGCAUAAAGACAAACUUGAGAGAAAUGAGCUGCUAUGGGGAAAAUACUUCGAAGAAGUAAGAUGUUUAUUUGACGACACUGAUUUGAUACAUCAUAUCCAAAAGGAAGACUUUGCUGUGGAUAAUCAUGAUAUGUCAGACCUUGCUAUAGCUGAUCUCUUUAGCCUGAUAUUGAAAAAGCACCAAGAGCUAACCCAAUUUGUUGAGAUCCCUGCACGUUGGAUACAACUUGAGAAAGCACUAAGAAAACAAAACUUUUCCCCGAUAAUUUCAUUUCAAAAUGUGAUCGAGAUAGACAAAGAAAGUGAGUAUCCUCUCCGUGAUGAAGAACAACUUAAACUCUUUCUCCACUAUCACCACGAAAAAGGUUCAUUAUUUUUCUUCGACGAAGACCCGUUAUCAGAUUGUAUCUGUCUUGAGCCUAGAUACCUAAUAGAUGCCUUCAAAUGCAUCAUAACGUCAGAACGGUUCUGUCGAAACGACCCAGGUAUUCGUUCCCAUUGGAAAGCUUUGACAAAGGAAGGCCGAUUAUCAAAUAAUUUAAUAGAUAAUGUUUGGUCCGACAAAGCGCAAAACUUUAUGAAACACAAAGUUGCUCUUCUUGGGUUCUUAAAGAAACACAAUAUCAUAGCAGAGGUAACUGAAUACAAUGUCGACACGGAAGAGAGGAAGCAGAUGGAUUGGUACAUUGUCCCAAGUUUACUGCAAGAUCACAGCGUAAAGAAAGAAAUGACGUCUUUUUUGACUGGAAAACACCAAUCAAAUGUUCGAUAUUCGCUUCAGUUUGAAAGCUCAGCAAUGGUACAUAUGACAUACUACAGAAUAGUAUGUACAGCACUAGGCCAAUGGGAUGUUGUCAACUAUGGUAAAACAGAUUUGCUGUUCGAAAACUUGUGUGUGUUUAGAAUGGACGAUCAUGCGGGAUUAAUAGAACAAAGAAAAUGUAGUGGGACGAUUGAACUCAGACUUAUCCAUUUAAAGCGUCGUCCAGUUGAAAGCCGUCUUGCAGACAAGCUUAGGCGUUUCGUCGAAUCAGUUAUUAUAAAUGUGUUUAGAAGAUUGAAGUAUCAAAAAGGGGAUGGUGUCCAACAGUUUACACGUGCAUACAGAUGCAACCACGCUGAACAUGGCCCAGGUGGCAGUAGUAAGUUGACAUUGUUAAAGGAAGAUGAAGAUGUAAUUUGUCCAGAUAAUUUCAGUCAUGACAAUUUUGACAAUAGAACAGCAAAAGAGGAAUGGUUUCCGAAAGAAGAUAUAUACCCAAAUGUGCAACUUACUGAGAAAAUUCUUGGUCAGAUCGCUCAGGGAGUAAUCGGUGAAAACUGGCAACUACUGGGAAACCAGCUUGGAAUAGAUAGAGCAGAAAUCUAUCGUAUCAAUGAAAAGCACCUUGAAAUUGAAAUGCGUAUAUUUUUAAUGCUAUGUAAGUGGAAAGAGAGAUCAGCUGACACGGCUACUUUGAAAAUGUUAGUGGAAGAGAUUGAUAAAUGUCCACGUGUACGAAUUUGCUGGGAUAAACUAAGAAACAUCAAAGACAAGUAUCUCCGAGAACAGGAAAAAGGCCAGAUUCAGCCAUUAGUCGACAAAAGCGUUGAAAUCGAUAAUACAUUGACAUUGGAGUGUAAAAUAAGCAAGCCUAAUGUCCAAGUAACAUGGCUGAAAGAUAGCACACCUUUAAAUCCUGAUGGUCGCAUCACUAUAUCUUCAGAAGGGUGUCAUCAUCAGCUUGUAUUGGAACAUACAACAAUGGAAGAUGCUGCAAAAUACACAUGUGUAUUUGGAGAUUCUAAGACGGAAUGGUUGGUACAAGUUGAAAACCAUCAUAGUCCUUUCAAGUUUGUCAAAGAACUCAAAGAUAUAAAGAUAGAAGUUGCACCUAACACGGCUACAUUUAUUUGUGAGGUAAACACAAGUGAAUCACUGGUGGAAUGGUACUUUCACAAUCAGCAUAUAGAAAAGUCAAACAAGUAUGAAAUGAUAGAUGAUGGACCUGUUCACAAGUUAAUAAUAAGAGAUGUGUCAGAGGAAGAUGAAGGAAAAUAUUCGAUAAUAGCAAACGGAUUAAGGUCUGAUGCUACACUGAAAAUUGAAGUAACAGUGAAAGAAAUAUACUUGUAUCAGCAAGGUAGAAGACUAGAAGAAACAGUGAAAGAAAGAUUCUUGUAUCAGCAAGGUAGAAGACUAGAAGAGAUAAAUGUAAUGGACAGAGAGAAAAUAUACUGUGUUUUAUGUCGUAUGAAAACCAAUACAAAUAACAUCGUCGUUUCUAAUCAACACGGAAGAGGACGACAAGAAGGUAUUUGUUCUGUCUGUCAUAAGAAAAAGAGUAUGUUGGUGUAAUAUAUGAACUGACAGUUGAGCAAUGAUAAUCUGAUCGGACGAAAAUUGACUAUGAUCAAUAAUCACAGUAAAUCAACAAACAACCUCUGCUGCGUAUAGCGUUGGUAAACGGAAUACUACAAUUAAUUUCAUAAUUAUGUCUGUAUAUCAAAUAGAACAAUAGUUUACUUGGUUCAUUUGUUGGGUUUAACAUCGCACCGACACAAUUUUAGGUCAUAUGGCGACUUUCCAGAUUUAAUGGUGGAGGAAGACCCUAGGUGCCCCUCCGUGCACAAUUUCAUUACGAGCGGGCACCUGGGUAGAACCACCGGCCUUCCGUAAGCCAGCUGGAUGGCUUCCUCACGUGAAGAAUUCUACGCCCCAAAUGAGGUUUCGAACCCACAUAGAUUAGGGGCAAAUGGUUUGAAGUCAACGACUCUAACCACUCGGCCACGGAGGCCCCUUUACUUGGUUCAGUAUUGCCCAAUCAGUUAUAGAUAUGAAGAAGAACUGUAUUAAAAUUGCUUUAUAUAGCAGAAAUGUUGUCAAAUGAUUUACUAAACUCAUACAAAAUUUUGGCGUGCGCUUUGAUAGCCCAUUUCUAUGUAUAUCUUUCAAAAUAGCGAUGAACACUUAUUUCUGUAAAACAUGUAUGAAAUUAUCAUUAUGUAUUUGUUUUGGGUAAGGAUGAUCGCGUGAUAAAAAGAUGUUACAGUGUCUUCGUCAUGAUAUAACCAAUGCGUUUUAUGAUAUGAAGACAUCAUAUUAUUGUAAUCAGCAUAUAUGCAAUUAAAGUUACUUCAAGGGACAACACACAUCUUUUUAAAAAAAAGCAUGAUGACAGUGUAAAUUAUAGUCGUGGCAGACAAGCAAAUUCUGUUAGUUGCUGUCCUCCUUCCAACGACGGGUUUAGAAAGUUAUUUAGUUCAAACCAUUGUAUAAAUCUUUGUAAUAUGCCUAACAUCUAGCUAAAGUUCUCGAAAUGUUAGAUUGAAGUUCAUGUAGAAAAUUAAUGCAUAAUCAAUAGUUAUGGUUACAGUUAGAGGGAGCUGUAUUCUUUGCUUUGCCGUCGGAUACUAUUCUUAGACUUGUUUUCUUAUCCCUUUUCUUUGUUAUCUUCUGUACAACAGAACGUUCAUUUUAGCCCGAUGAUGUUUUUUCAUAUGAAAUUAAUUUCACUUGUCUAAAGCAUAUACGAAACCGAUAACUAAUUACGAAAAACUUGAUUUAUUUCAAUUUUACAUUGAAAAAAAGUUCGUUUGUUGUUAACUUUUUUUUUCAAACUGCGUUUAACAAAUAUAAAAAUAAGUUCGUUAACUACAACAUUAAAGUAUACAAGAACAUACAAAAAAUGACAAAAACGAAUGCCCCUGCUUGUUACGCUCUUACAUAUCUACCAUUUUGUUAUCAAAACAUACUUAAAUGUUUAUUUUUAUUUGCUUUGUCCUGUAACUUUUGGAACCUGGUGGGUCCAGUUGACUAGUUUGGACUCCUGCGUGGUGUUUUCGUUUGUAUGAUAAGUAGAAGCGUAGAGUUUUUAGUUAUGAUAGAAUCUUACUGAAAGAACCAGACAUGUUCCGCUUAAGAGAUACCUAGUAUUUACAUGAGAAUAACAUUACAUAGUAUCACUUUGUCCAUGUUCUUUGAUGAGAAUGAUAUAACAUUUCUCUAUUUUGAGAGUAACCUUACAUAUUACUACAACUUCUCCUUUUGUUUUGUACAUGAUAAUAACAUUCACAUUACUACUUUGUUUUUGUACAUAAGAAUAUCAUUACAUAUAAUUAUUUUCUCUUUAUUUGUUUUUGUACAAGAGGAUAACAUUACAUAUAACUACGUUCUCCUUGUUUGUUUAAGUACAUGAUAAUACAAUUACAUAUUACUACUUUCUCCUUGUUUGUUUGUGUACAAGAAAAUAACAUUACAUAUUACUACUUUCUUCUUGUUGAUUUUACAUGAGGACGACAAUAUUACAUAUUACUACCUUCUCAUUGUUUGUUUUUGUCCAUGAGAAUAAUAUUACAUACUAAGUAUUACUAUUUUCUCAUUGUUUGUUUUUGUACAUGAGAAUAAUAUUGCCUAUUUAUUCUUUCCUUUUGUUUGUUCUUGCAUGGGAAUAACAUUGAGUAUACUACUUAAUCCAUGUUUGAAUCUUUUUUUGCAAAAUAAGAGUUACUAUACAUAUUACUUCUUUCUCUUUUCUUUUUAAAUCGAAAUAACAUUAAAAAAUUACUACUUUCUCAUUGUUAGUUG